UCGAUUAGAGGCUCAGAUUCCAUCGCUGUUUCUGCUUCGUCAGUUGAUUUCGCCUCGUGUCUGUCGGUGCUGGUUCGAGCAACAUGGACCCGGACUUGACCUUCUGCUCUCGUCGGUCUCCGGUGGUGUGUCUGCGCGGCUGUGCGGCGUCAAGUCAGCCGCUGGCUUCCGCUGCAGGACUGGAUGUCCUGAAGCGCGGUGGCAAUGCGGCAGAUGCUGCAGUGGCCAUAGCAGCGGCCCUGGCGGUGACGGAGCCGUGCAGCACCGGUCCAGGUGGAGACGCCUUCUGCCUGUUCUUCAACGGAAACACUGGAGAGAUCCGAGGACUUAACGGCAGUGGUCGUUCGCCCCGAGCUCUGACCCUGGAGUACCUGGAAGGCCGCGGUCACACGGCAGAGGCCCCUCCUUCCCCGUUCGAUGCGCUGAAUGUCACAGUUCCUGGGGCCCCUGCGUGUUGGUGUGACACCGUGCAACUCUUUGGUAGUCACAAGCUGUCCCUUCAGGAGGUGCUGAGCGGAGCGGUGGAGCUGGCAGAGGUGGGGUUUCCUGUGGCCGAGGUAACAGCUCACCACUGGAACAAAUGGGUGGCCACUCUGAGAGAUGAUGGGAAGGAACUGGGUGGGGACCUGCUAAUUGAAAGUAAUGCACCCAAAUGUGGUCAAGUUUUCAGAAACCAAGCCCUGGCCAAGACGCUGAAGGAACUCGGUGAACGGGGGAAACCAGCGUUCUACCAGGGCAGAGUGGCCCGAGCCAUCGUUGAUGUCAUCAGCCAACAUGGAGGAGUCAUGACUCUGGAUGAUCUCAGCAGCCACGACAGUGAAGUCAUCACUCCGAUAAGCACAGAGUACAAGGGCGUGUGCCUGUGGGAGCCCCCACCCAACAGUCAGGGACUGGCUGCCCUGCUGCUGCUCAACAUCCUGGAGAACUUCCCCCUGAAAGCUAUGGGCCACAACAGCUCCGACUACAUCCAUGUUUUGGUGGAGGCUGUUCGUCUGGCUCUAACAGAUGCUCUGUGUUACCUGGGCGAUCCAGACCAUGUGACCAUCCCUCAGGAAGCCUUACUGGAGAAGAGCUACAGCCAUGAGCGAGCGCAGCACAUCCGCAUGGACAGGGCCAUGGAGGGAUUGGAGCCGGGCCUGAUGACAGGAAGUGACACAGUCUAUUUCUGUGUGAUGGACAGGGAGGGGAAUGCCUGCUCAUUCGUUAACAGCAACUAUAUGGGCUUUGGGACUGGGCUCAUCCCAGAGGAUUGUGGGUUCUCACUACAGAAUCGCGGUGCCGCCUUUUCUCUGCGUCCAAACCACGUCAACUGUGUCGCCGGGGGAAAGCGGCCGUACCACACCAUAAUGGCUGCACUCCUCACUGCCUCUGCAACCAAAACACAAAAACCACAACUCCUGGCUGCACUCGGGGUGAUGGGGGCUUUGAUGCAAACACAAGGACACGUCCAGGUGUUGCUGAACAUGCUGGAGUUCGGCAUGAAUCCACAACAAGCUCUGGACGCACCGAGAGUCUACGUAGAAUAUGACCAAAAAACUGAUGAGUGGUUGGUUCAUCUGGAGGAGGGGAUCGACCAGGAAGUAGCUGAGGAGCUGAAAAGAAGAGGCCAGAAAGUCAAGUGGCCAGUCACAGGCCACAGGAGGUCUCAGUUUGGGCGGGGACAGAUCAUCACAGUGGGGGAUUGGUGGAAUCCAUCUGUCAAUCAAGCCGAGCGUCCGACCCGGGUGCUGUGGGCGGGAUCAGACCCCCGAGGUGACGGAUGUGCUCAGGGAUACUAGACACAUGUUCUGACCUCAUCUCGAUCCACUCCAGAAUGUGAUGGAUGUUCAUCCAUGAACUUCCAUGGGAAAUUGGUUCGGUAGUUUUCGAGUAAUCGGCCGAGAGUGAAAACAACAGACGAGAUUGAAAUCACAUUUUUCUCUUCCUCAGUCAGAUGAUUGAUAUUAUGACCAAAUGUAACUUGAAGGAUUCAGGUUUAUAAAACUGUCCUAGUUCCUCAUUUCAUCAUGUUCUUGUUUUAGACUGAAAUGGAUUUGUUUCUGUUUCUUUAAAGUUUUUACUGUAUUUUAUAAUGAAAUGAAAUAAAUGAAAUGAAAAUGACUUUUUUAGACAAUAAAUUGUUUAUUUCUUCUCAAGCAAUGCUUAGUUCUAACAAUCACGGAGCUAGUACAGUAUGUAUUUACUCCUGCACUAAAGUACAUGUUUGAGGUACUUGUAGUUUUUACUCCACUACAUUUGUCAGACAGCUUGAAUUACUUUUCAGAUGUCGGUGUAAACCACGUGUCUUUAGAUGUGUUGAUGUACAAAGUUCUUUGUUAAACUGAAGGAUGAACUGCU